CAUCGGAACGAGCCCCGGCGGCUCGGCAAGCCUGGCUGCGCGCCAGCCGAGCAGCCCUCGUUGCAAAUGGCCAAUAAUAAUUUCCUCUCCACCUUAGCCCCGGAACACUGCAGACCUUUGGCUGGGGACUGCAUGAACAAGCUCAAAUGCGGCGCUGCCGAAGCAGAGAUAAUGAAUCUCCCCGAGCGCGUGGGGACUUUUUCCGCCAUCCCGGCUUUAGGGGGCAUCUCAUUACCUCCCGGGGUCAUCGUCAUGACAGCCCUGCACUCCCCCGCAGCAGCCUCGGCAGCCGUCACAGACAGCGCGUUUCAAAUUGCCAAUCUGGCAGACUGCCCGCAGAGCCAUUCCUCCGCCUCUUCGUCGUCCUCAGGAGGCGGGGGAGGCGGCAACCCGGCCAAGAAGAAGAGGAAAAGGUGUGGGGUCUGCGUUCCCUGCAAGAGGCUCAUCAACUGUGGAGUCUGCAGCAGUUGCAGGAACCGCAAAACGGGACACCAGAUCUGCAAAUUUAGGAAAUGUGAAGAGCUAAAGAAAAAACCUGGCACUUCGCUAGAGGUCAGAGGAGAUGAUUUCUUUCUUCCCAGCCUCCCGCCGUCCCUCGUGAACCCCCUUCCCCCACCUCUCCAGUGCUUCUUGUCUAGUUUCAAGAUGCAGCAUCCCUUUUCCGAAGCCUCCUUCAGGUUGUGAGGGGGGAGCCCCCUCCUUCCCCUCCCCACUUUUUGCCUCUCCGUAGUACUGUGCACAAAACAUAGCCACACGUCCGCAGCCUCGGGGGGUCUGGACUGCCCCGGAGCCGCUUUGGAGGAGGGGGAGCGGGGAGGUCGGCCCUCGAAUAAAAACCCGGCCGGGCGUUGGGCGUUCUGUUGCUCGGUGGGGUCUUUUCGAUAGGGAAGAAAGCGUGGAAAGUUUGCGUUCGUGGGAUUUGGAAAGGAAAAGGCCCACGAAAUCACUCAACGCCCGAGGGGAUUUUUUUUCACCUUUUAAAAUAAUUACACGAAGAUUUCUGCUGCUGCUUUUUUUUUUUUUUUUAAAUAUACCCAAGUUGAGUUUAUUACACAUAAAAUGAUCGGAACCAAUUCUCUAUAUUUUUAUCUGUUAUUGCAAGGUGUGUUGUUUGGUGAUAUGUAAACUACUUUUUACUUAAUGUGAAACUAAUGGUGAAGGGCAUUUUUUUUUAAACAAAAAAUCCAAACUCUUUAAUACCCAUGAAACUUAUAAUUUCUAAAAUAAUUUUGGCCGUUUUAAGGGAUUCUUUCCUUCCUUACCUGCUGCCUAGAUUUUGCUUUGUUUGAAAAUUAAGUCAGGGAACUUAACUUUCUAAAGUUGAUCCCAGAUCUUACAAUUGUCCUACCUUCAGCUAAAAUGAACAUCUAGGUAAUUUGGGGGUUAUUUUGAUAAUUUAUUGCAAGACAACAAUUGGUGGUGAAGAAGUUAGUGAAGCAUACCAAAAGUAAUACUUUGGAUUUAUAAUACAUCCUUACCAAAAAUAGCCCUUUGUAGUAUAUUUUACAAUUGGAUAAAGAAUAUCUAUGAUUAUGUGUGAUUGAAAUGUAUAUGCAUUUAUUUUUUAAAAACUCAGAAUUGACAAUGUAUUAUCACAGAACUGAAAAGAGAGGUCCUCAAGUUUAGUAGACUUUUAAAAAACAAAGUAAAAGGGAUAUUGUGGUUUUCAGUUCAUGUAUUUAGUUUAGUGGACAGAGAAAAGAAAAAAAAUGUAAAAUGACUAAUAGCAUUAUUUUUAGAUGGAAGAAAAAAGAGGAAAGACUUGUAAUCAUUUAAAGCCCUGUCAUUAUUAAAACUAUAGUAUUGCCAGGUAGAUGAACCUAUCAGAUGAGUGCGUUUGGUUGGAGAGAGCAUGUUCUUUAUGGGACUUUUAAGAUGUAAAGUGACUGAAAUUAGCAACUCAGAAUUGCAACUGCGAUUAACAGGAGUUAACUUAUAAGUUGAUAUUUUUAUUAGUAUUAAUGUUACCACUAAGUUUAACAUUUCACUUAAAAAAAUAGGGGGAAAAAGGAAAACAGCACUUGGGUGAUACUAAUUUCUUCUGCCCUUGCAAGAUUGAACUAUCCUUUUGGAAAGUUUAAUAACUUGUUCUUUCUAUAUUUCCCAUAGCUGUUUAUUGUGCAUAUAUGAUAAUCCAAUAUCACUUUGAUGCAACAGCCUCUUUGGACUACAUUUCAGCUGGUAAAAAUCAGUUGUAUAUAAAUGUACCUGUUAUUUUUGGUUGCAAACACACUCCUGUUUAUUUCAUAGAACAUUUCAGAGAAUGUAUAUUGUGAUUUUUACAAUAAACAGUAAAUGCUGAAU